AUGGCACUCAUCCGGGACACGCAAAGCGAACUAGAUCAGGAACCUGCCGGCAACUAUUGGAAGUAUGAAAGAGAGCACAUCCGCAAGCUCUGGGACGCCAUCCAAGAAGCCCACGAAGACAUUAUGGAAGUACCAGAUACAUUGGCAGAACACUACGAAACUGCCAAGGAAGCCGUGCGCCAAAUCAUGGUAGCGCUCGCCGACAAGGACUCACGAGACAAAAAUAGCUACGAGAAAAUUCCUCUCCCACGGAUACAAAUUCCGCAAUUUGGGAGAGAUUACGCAGCAUGGACCAACGUGGAAAAAAUGCAGCAUUUGAAAACAAAUCUAAGGGUUGAAGCUAGCAAACUGAUACAACACCUGCCAAUAAGUGAAGCCAACUACAACGACGUGUGGCUGCUGCUAACGAACCGUUACCAAAAUAAGCGGUUGCUGCUUUCAAAGCAGCUAGACAACAUCUUCAAUCUGCCAAAAAUUGGUCCAAACGCUCCAGACGUCCACAAUCCAUGA